AUCUCAACUCAGAAAAUCGAUGUCUUUAAAAACACGUGCUUUCAAGUCAGACAAUUUUGUACUUUUGUUUUGAAAAAAAUCAAGAAUAAGUGUUUUUAUAUUGUUACAUUGUGAUAAUGGCAGAAUUAAAAUUGAGUGAAGGUGAAAAAUGUUAUCUAAUUAAUGGAAUUAAUGAUAAUUUCCGCAUUGAUGGACGCUCUUGCUGGGAUAGACGCGAAAUUGAGCUAGAAAACAAUUUGUUACCUAGUUGUGUCGGAUCAGCGCUAAUACGAUCUGUAAAUUGUUCAGUGAUAGCAGGUGUGAAAAUGUCUCUGGUGUCACCUGAUUCUGGUCGACCUGGUAAAGGUAAAAUUGAAUUUUUUGCUGAUAUAUCUGCCAAUGCAGAUCCUCUGUUUGAGGGAAGAGGAGGCCAAGAAAUGACUGUUGAAUUGGUCAGGUUUUUUGAGGACAGCUUCAAAGAUUGCUCUCUUCUUGACUGUCUCACUGUUGUGGAAGGAAAACAAGUCUGGUGUCUUUCAAUAGACAUUCUAAUUCUCGAAAUUGGAGCAAGAGCAUCGCUUUACGAUUUGUGUUCAAUAGCUGUUAAGGCAGCUCUCUAUGAUACCAGAUUACCUAAAGUAUACUUUAAUCCAGACAUUAUGGAUAUUGAAAUUUCUGAGGACCCGUUUGAUUUAAUGCAAUUAGAUGUAUCUAAAGUACCUAUUUUCGUGACUGUCACUAGAAUAGGCAACAAUUACACUAUUGAUCCUACCCAAGAAGAAGAGGCUUCGAGUAUAGCAAGUUUGUUAUUUUCUGUGGACAAUUGUGGAACGUUGUUACAUUCCAAAAAAUUAGGACAUGGUAGUCUUCAUUGUUAUCCUAUCAAAGAAUUAAUACCGAAAAUAUCCGAAGUUGCAUUGGAGCUCCAUAACUUUAUAGAUGAUCAAUGCAAAUCCUUUACGAGUCGUUGAAACCAAGAACUAUUAAUACAAGAAUGACCGAAUAUUUCCUGACUGAAAAUUUUAAAUGGCUGGAUUUCAGUUGUCCCUUUUCUUAUUUGUGCUUUGUUGAAACUUAACUUAUCCUAGACCUACCUUUACGAGAUACACUUACAAAGCUUGAUCAGUAUUUGGGAACCUUGGGUCUGGAGGAGCUGCACGAGCCCUUCUUCCAUCAGGCUUAGCUGGACCCAAUAAUUUUUUGAUGUAUUCCUUUUUUUCCUCGUAAGUUGGCAUUUUAAAUCAGCAAAUAAAAUAUCGAAUUACAAAAAUUAAAC